AUGUCGCACGAGCAGCUUCCGGAUGACCACUUCCGUCCCACGUACGAGGAGAUCCACGUGCAGAUCGGCGAGGCGGCUCGCAGGAUCAAGGGCGAGUUUGACCCGGAUCUCAUGGUGGCCAUCGGCGGCGGUGGCUUCUACCCUGCACGUGUGCUGCGUACGUUCCUGAAGAAGCCUUCUGCGCUGGACCCGAGCAAGAUGCGCAACAUCCCCAUCCAGGCGAUCGGCCUGAGCCUGUACGAGGAGGUGUCGGGUACGUCCGAGGGGCAGAUCGGCAACGAGGUGGUGCGCACGCAGUGGCUCGACGCCAAGACCGUCACGGGCCACAAGGGCCCCGGCAAGAUCGAGGAGGGCAAGGAUGCGGGCGGACUGCUGGGCAAGAACGUGCUGAUCGUCGACGAGGUGGACGACUCGCGCACGACGCUGCAGUACGCCUACUCGGAGCUGCUCAAGGACGUCAAGAACGCCAUCGCGAACCUGUCGGCCGAGGAGCGUGCGAACCUGGCGCCUACGCGCUUCGCCAUCUUUGUGGUGCACAACAAGGAGAAGGCGGGCGGCAAGCGCGGCACGCUUCCGAUCCUACCCAAGCAGCUGGCCAAGGGCGAGGACAAGAUCGUGGAGGGCGUGAGCGAGGGCGUGCGCUACUACUCGACGCAGGACAUUGGCGACGUGUGGAUCUGCUACCCGUGGGAGGAGGAGGACAUUGUGGAGCACAACCGUCUGGCCGCACUUGCCAAGAAGCUCGGUGUGAACCAGCCCAACUGA